AUGCGUUUCACUACAGCCUUCCUGAUGCUCGCUACUGCUAUUGGCAGUGUCACCGCCGCCCCUAGCGCUGAGCCCAUCGACCUCAAGACCCGCACCCUCCAGGCGAGAAAUGAUUAUAUCACUGUUUAUGUUUGUUCAGACGUCAACUUGGAGGCCUGCAUUAGUAUUGGGAUCUACACUCAAAAUGAUUGCUUCAGCUUGAAUGGCAGUCCCGUCAUGGACAAUGUCAAGUCCGUCAGCAUCCCUAAUGGGUACCGUUGUCGCUUCUGGGACUCAACCAAAUGCAAUGGCGGUAGUACGGGCGACAUCCAAGCCCCUGGUAAUAACGACAUCACUGCGGGCUCAUUGAGCUCUGUCAAGUGCUACAAGAACUGA